UAAAGAAUUCAGAAGUACAGCCUCACGCAAACGUCCUCGACAGGGACGCCCGGUCCAGCCAGUGUAAGCUUCGCAGCAGUAGCAGCAUCUUCCUUCAGUUAAGACUCCCACCUUCGAACCAGCGAUGAAAUUCGCAACGGUAGCACCUCUGUUUGUCGCCCUCACAUUGGGUAUCGUCUUCAGGGUCCACGCCAGAGCUGCAAAUGAUGGAAAAUACGAUAAGCGAAGAUACAGUAGUGGGAAGUACAUGCACACCAAUGAAGGUGAUUAUGUGGAAGAUUUGGAACGCUAUCGCUACGUCCACUAUGACGAUGGCGAUCGCGGACGCUACAUCCAUGUGCACGUUCCGUACGAUGGCGGUUACGGCAACUACGAGGGUGGCCACGAGCCCUACCGUAAUCCCCCGUACGACGCCACAGGAUUGUAUGCGUAUGUUCAAAGACCAAGAAAUGAAUCAUGUUUACGAUUGCUAGAACAAUACUAUAACACUUGUAGCGAUUCCAGUGCCGACAAUCCUUUCAAGGUGCAUGAGUACGAUAUCAAACAGCCGAACCUGUAUCUGGAGUAUGGGACACCCUAUCCCGAGUUCAACUUCGAUGCUUCAUCCAAACAGGAGAAACAGACACUAUCGUCAGCCGAGCCCGACGCGAGGAUGUCCAAUUUUCCAGGCAUCGCGUACCUCCCGGUUCCUGAACCUUCGGCAAAGGUUGUUACUCACGAGGGAAAAUUUAGCGAAGCAGCUAGUCGAAACUUUGCAAAUACAUUCGACCACAGUACGAUAACGUUAACAACUGUUAGCCAGGGAAGGACCCAAACUGAUUACGCCACCAACGUACCUGAGGAUCAAACGAGCACCGCGCUGCCACGAAAAACGUCGUCUCAAUCGGUAACAUCUACUCCCUUUAUGACAACUGCUUCCUCAACGACACCAGCCUCCGUUGAACUGCAAUUGCAACAAUGCAGGGUUCAACUCGAGUCAGCUUUAUUGAAAUUAAGCCACGAUAAAGUCACUGAGCGGAACGGGCGGAUGGUAGCAGCAGCCGCCUGCCAGAACCAGAACAAGCGCGACCCAUCUAAUCUGGCGCUUGUGGGCUGCGCACUCGCCCAAACUUUCCGUAAACCCGUUAACGUCAACGUCAACGUCAACGAUGGUCGCUAUUAUGGUGAUGAUCGUGGCAAAUACAACGAUGGAAAAUACCGCCCAGAUAACAGUGGCGCCUACCGUCCUGAUGAUUCCGGAAAAUACUCUGGCUCAUACGACCCAUACUUGCACGGUAAAUACGGCGUCGGUGGACAAGGCGGUGCCGGUGGUGCUGGAUCUGGAUUCGGUGGAAAGGGAGGCCAAGGAGGUGCUGGUUCGGGUGCUGGUUUGAGUGCAGGCUUUGGAAAGGGCACUGGUGGAAAUAAAUUCGGCACCGGUGUCCCGGCCAAGGUUGUGUCAGUUGUUCCAGUAGUAGCCCCACCAAAGCCACUGAAGCUCAAGCAGUCUUCCUCCGGCAGCGGCGAAGGAUUCGAUCGCAUCAAAGAACAGCUCAAAGAGUACAACGAGGACGGAUACUACUAUCGUUAUCUGACCGAGAAAGACACUCAAGUUGCUGAAACCGGCCGCAUCGAGGAACGCAACACCGAUAACGAAACCCUUCGCGCCAAGGGCUUCUUCGAAUAUGUUGGAACUGAUGGUGUCCAGUACCGUGUGGACUACACCGCCGAUGAGAACGGAUUCGUCCCAGUCGGUGCUCAUCUGCCAGUUGCUCCACCAGUCCCAGAACAGAUUGCACGAGCGCUCGAAUACGUCAGAAGACUGCAGCAGUAAGACCAGUUCAGUCAUUGUACAUAGACUUCCUCCACUUCUUUCUUUUGUAUACAUUCAGUCAGCGACAAUCUAU